UGUGGCUGAGGAGCGAUGGCGGCCUCCUCAUCUGCCGCUGGUGCUGCUGCUGGUAGUGGUGCUGGUGAUGGUGGUGGUGGUGGUGGUAGUGGUGGAGGCUCAUUGACUUCUCUCUGAUCUGUGAAUCUGAGCAUCGAACAAGGUGAGCACCAAGCUUUGAUGGACACAAUACUCUGUCGGCUCUGUCGCUCUGUGCAGCCUCUCGUCGAGCGCCUCAUCUGACCGUCUUGGCCCAUCCAUCGCAUCUCAUGCAGCACAACGAGCAGCAGCAGCACCCCGUGUCAUACCUGUGUGUCGGGCGGAGGAGCCGCUACCUCCUCAGCAUCAAGGACGUCGUGCGGCUGAGGGCCACCUGCACGUGGCUCAGAGAGCUCUUCGGAGCGGCCCAGCUGAGAGAUCGGCUCAGCCACUCGCUGGGCUCACAGGCGGGGCUGCGGCGGGCGGUGAAUGGGCAGCAAUUGCAGCUGCUGCGGUUCGACGACAACCAGUUCGGCACACAUGAUCUGCUGGGGGCUGUGUGUGUGGUGGAGGAGGGGGGCUGGGACGAGAUGGGCGGGGUGAUUGAGCUGGCAAGGCAGUGCGGCAACUGUGAGCUGCCUGUGACCCUCAGUGGGGCUGACAUCAACACACACGCAAACAAAGCGGUGAGCCGGGAAACAGACGGGCGGGGAGGGGAGGAAGAGGGCUUCAUUCUCUCUCUGUGUGUGUGUCUGUGUGUGGUCUUGUGUGUAGGCGUAUCUGUCGGCUCCCCAUGUGUUGGCGCAGCUCAAGAUGGCCGGCCGCCACGUCCACUUCAAUGACGGCAGCUGCCUGCAGUUGUUCCACCACGCCGAUGGUGAGGUGCGGGCCAUCAAGGACGAGCCCGACUUCCGGCUGGAGGUCGACACGCCUCUCCAUGCCGGCCACCUGUAUCAGCAGCACAGACCGCCACAGGACCCACCGGUGCGUGAGCGCAUCGGCUUCUCGACCGACUACAUCGGCUUCUUGACCGACUACGGCAGAUGGGUGAGACUCGCCGGCCCGGGGAUCACCCAGGCGUCAGUUUCGUCGUUCGCCAAGGCCAAAAUCCUCAGCCACUUCAUCAAUACUCGCCAGACCACCAAUGAGAAAUUCACUAUACUCAACAGGUGACACACCAACGAAAUCAAUGGGGUCGGGAGGGGAACACCACAAAUCACUCGAUGCUGUCUGUCUGUUUAGGGGUGUCGGUGGUGGUCGUCUGGACGACCUUCUCACCCAGUCGCCCCACACACCAAUGGCCGGCUGUACGACGACAGUGAGCUGGGACGGUCGUGUGCGAUGGCUGGUGCUCACCGACGGCAGCCGACCCUUCGUCGCCUGGAUUGUCAUCAGCACAUUUGGAAACGACAAGGGUGGGGGUGAAUGACAAAGAGGGAGUGCUGCUGGAAACGUCGCGUGUUCUUCUUUUCUUUGUCUGCAGUGCGUGUGUGUAUUCUGACGACUGAGGCGGCUGCGUGUGAGGGUGGUGCCUUCAAGCACCGCUUCCCGUUGUCCACUCAGCUGGCUCGCGUGGCGUUGGGGGCGGUGGCGUCAUUCGUAUUCGAUAGCUGAGGCGGGGGGGGCGGCGGGUGACACCAAUCCAUCAGUCAAGACGUGCUGGUGGGUGAGCAGGAAUUCAUCCCCCCUGUCACCAUGUGGCUGAGUACCGCCCUGCUCUGUGCGUGUGUGUGUUUUGUCAGGAGGGCAUCUCAAGCUGGAUGCUGGCUGUCGUCAUUCAUCUCCGUCGCCGAUCGGUUUGUUCCUCACAGACAUCGCCCACCGCUCACUGUGUCAACCAGCUGCUGCUGCCGUGUGACCUAAUGGCUGGCAUGGCUUUGAUGGGUGUGGGUGUGGUUGGGGUGACCAAAAUCUCUGGUGCGGUCCGGUCCUCUGCCGGCCGAUUUUGGUGUGAUGGUCCAGCCGAUGUGUGAGUGUGUUUGGCUGCCUGGCUGACUCACCUGCCUGCCAUAACUCUCUCUCGAGGUGACUGUGGUGGAGUGUGUCUGCCUGUGUGUGUGUGUGUGCUGUGGGUGACGGCCGUGAAAUGACUCAGUUGACUAAGUGAAUUGCUCACACG